GCAACAAUAUUCAACUAUAGGAUGUCGCUGCAGUGCAAGUGAGACACUAAAAAGAACGUGAGUCUAAAGGGUUAGCGCACACGCACACAUACGCCUCAGUCCAUCGUUUUCCAGAUACUCUCUCUUUCUCUCUCUUCCUCUAAUACACUUGUGCCUGACAAAAGAAUCAGUCGACGCGUGCCGAAGAAAACAGCCAAUCACAGUGAUUACCGCGUUUUCUAUCUUUGCGGACUCUCGUGUCCUUUUGUCUAUGUUCAUUUUAGUGUACGAUCUCGCGCUGACUACAUCAUAUUUAUAUAAAUUGACAGUCUUUUUUUAUUAAAGUAAGUUUAUGAUUCGACAUUACAUCUCAUGUAUGCCCAAAUUAGAUUUACAUUAAGUGGAAAGUUUAAAAUAGUACCAGUUGAUGAACUAAAAAAAUAUAAACCUGAUUGUCCAACUAAAAUAUGUUUUGCAAAGGAUGGUGAUGUGUAUUUGAAAGCUUUGGUUAUUUCAGUCCGAAACUCAGAAAAAGAAUUAGAUGAACUGACGGAAUCAGUAAGGAGAAGAAAUCCACCCGCUAAUUUGUGGUCUGAACCUUCUGGUGACGAAUUACUCAGUACAACAACAUCAAAGCCAAAGGAACAAAAAGAGGACGACACUUUAAAUAUUGUUAAUCAACGGUUAUUCUUAAAAAAUCCGUAAAAAACGAAGAGUUUGAUUACGACCAACUUGAAGAAGAACUGGAGGAUGAUGGUAUAGAAGUUUCACAAUCAAGCGAUGAAGAAGCUGAUGAUUUAAGAGAAAAGGAAGAUCAAGAAGAAUCUGACAUCGAAGAUGCUGAGAAGCCGGAGUUUGCGGAAAGUGAUGGAGAAAGUGAUCGAAAUAUCUUAGAUGCUACCGGAAACGAAUCAGAACACUCUGCGACUGAGGAGACAUAAUAUUUAAUGUGAAAAUUGGAAAAAUAUAAACAAAAUUUAAAAUUUUUUAUAUUUUUAGAUAGAAAAACUAAGCAAAAAUAAGUUAAUUUAAUAUUAAUAAACAUUUUAUUCAUUAUUUAAAUAAGUUCUAAGUGGAAUUUUAUGCAUGUCCGUACAAU